ACAAUUGCACUGUUUCAAGUGCAUGAAUUAGCAGGAUUUUAAGAUCUUUGAAGAGAGAUUACCUCUGUGAGAGUCGCAAUGCCAGUUCCUCUUGCUCCGUAUCCGACGCCUACCGUACCGGUUACACCACCUGCUGCAAAUGGUGCACAAAGCCAGCUAGUGUGUUCAGGAUGCCGAAACCUUUUACUCUAUCCAGUCGGAGCAACCUCCGUAUGUUGUGCCGUUUGCAAUGCUGUCACAGCUGUGCCACCUCCAGGCACGGAAAUGGCUCAGUUGGUUUGUGGAGGCUGUCACACCUUACUCAUGUAUAUUCGUGGAGCAACAAGCGUACAAUGCUCAUGUUGUCAUACUGUCAACUUAGCUAUGGAAGCAAACCAAGUGGCACACGUCAAUUGCGGGAACUGUCAGAUGCUGUUGAUGUACCAAUAUGGAGCACGAUCUGUCAAAUGUGCAGUUUGCAAUUUUGUGACAACAGUUGGGGCCUCAACAAGCACUACCGAACAGAAGUUCAGCAGCUAAAACUACACGACAGUUUGGUUGGUUACUAGUUACUACAACCUUCAACCAUUCAGUUUGACAUCAUCUGGUGUCACCAAGUACUAGCAUUUCUAGAUAUAUCUCCUGGCUACAUGUAUAGAGCUAUUUUUCCCCGCGUGACUUCAUUAUGAACGUCUGUUUUGGUAUGCUAGAUGUCUAAGAAGUAUUGUAAAAAAAAAACUUGGAGGUUAUGAGUGCCAAUGAAUGGCUUUCAACAA